AAUUCUCUCUCAUAAAACCCCCUGCACCCCUCUCCACCAAUUCUCCCCUCUUCCCCUACUCUAUUUCCAAUUAAAAAAAAAAAAAUCAGAAAACCCGUAGAAAAUCUACACCCAAUUAUCACCUCAAUCAUCUCCCCUCAACGUCCGUCGUCUCAUGCUGUAUGAAUGAGAGGAGCCCAUCUCAGAUUGAAUGGGAGCUCAGAAGAGCAUUCAUGCUGGAAAAGCGAAGAUAGAUUUCAAUGUGGACUUCACUCACAAAUUAUGUGGCGCCUUCUUGAUUCCUCCUCUCAGGGGUUCUACCAAUCCCUUUUCACAGGUUAUUGGAAGUUUGAGUGUGAAGCAUCCCAACCUUUUUGGAAGAAGUGAGAAGUUGGAUCUUUUGUGGGAUAAGGGGCUUCAGGAUUCUAGUGUUAUUAUCGCAUUCAGGCGGCCGAGGCCUGAGUGGCUCUCUCAGCAGUCAUUUGUUAUUCAGCACUCAGUAACACCAGAGAUUGCCGUUCAUGGAUUGCCAGUCAAUAAUUUUUCUCGAUCAGGGAGUGGGGGUGUCAACCUAUGUCGCAUGUCAGCGGGUGUGGAUCUUAGUGAACCUGCUACUUCCCAUUGGAACACCACAACUAGCAUCAAAUUUGAGCAUGUCCGUCCUAUAAGCGAUGAUGGCCGUGCCAUAACUAGGGACCUUGAUGGCUUUCCCCUGACUUGCAGUGGUAGCCAUUAUGAUAAUAUGGUUAUUUUGAAGCAAGAGUCACAGUAUGCGACUGCAAAUGAUCAUAGUUUUUCCAGAUUGAGUUUUCAAAUGGAACAAGGCUUACCUCUUCUGUCAAAGUGGCUCAUCUUCAAUCGGUUCAAAUUUGUUGCUUCCAAAGGAGUCAAAUUGGGGCCAGCAUUAUUAGUCUCAAGCUUGACAGGUGGUUCAAUUGUAGGAGACAUGGCACCUCAUCAGGCGUUUACAAUUGGAGGCAUUGGUAGUGUUCGAGGUUAUGAAGAGGGUGCAGUUGGCUCAGGAAGGUCAUGCCUAGUGUUUAACAGUGAAUUUACAAUGCCUUUGACAAAGGGGUUUGAAGGUGCCAUCUUCAUGGAUUGCGGAACAGACUUGGGUACAGCUCAUCAUGUCCCUGGCAAUCCUGCCCUUCGGCAAGGGAAGCCAGGAUAUGGAGUUGGACUCGGAUAUGGAUUUCGCUUCAACUCACAUUUAGGUCAGCUUCGAGUUGAUUAUGCCACCAAUGCAUUUCAACGAAAGACUGUAUACUUUGGGAUCAAUAAUGUUACUUCAUGAAUAAUGCAAUGAUGAGAGUAGUCUGUUGCAAAAUCUUAUCGAAUGUUGGAACCCCGGAUGAUGGCUUAUUCUAACAAUUGAUGGAGGAGUUGGAGUCUUCAUUUUUUCUUGAGGGAAUACAUGUAAUGUACACUCUUAUGCUCAAGGUUAACUUUUGUUAAUUUAAUGCAUCAUUCAUCAUGACUCUUCUUGAAUCUCA